ACAUGACUUAAUAAAAUUUUUCUGUAGUCAUGAAACGCUUUAACAACGAUGUGGCGCGGUUUGACGACAAGCGAUCCAGGAGGGAUUCUGGCUAUUCGACAGCCUCUGAGAGUGGCGAAGGUGCUCCCCAGUCACCUCAAAACACUGGGGAUGAUAAGGCGAAUUUUUUCGAUCCUCAGCGAAUUUUUUCGAUCCUCUGCGGAGGAUCGAAAAAUAAUUUCAAAGAUUCGGCUCCACUUCAAAUUGAGGUUCAUCGCGACCAUGAAGUCAAUUCUGAGCUGUUUUCGAGGCCAACAAGUGCGAGCAUUCGUCUGAGUGACUCGAGUAUGAUAUCUAAUUCGGAUAUCAUGUUGUCUGCAGGUGCCACCAAUAAUCUCGAAGAAUCGCUUUUCGAUAAUGGUUUCGAAAACCAACCAAUGAAUCGUAGCGAUGAGUCAGUUGAUGAUCAUACCUCAUGGUGUAUUAGUGACCGAUCUGUCACCAUGGAAUCACAUGGACUGAAUCAGUCUAGUCGCCCUUUUGCAGCAGUCACCAAUACGCUGAUUUCAAUCUCUGAUACGGCCUUUAUCGAUGGGACUAUUGAUACCGCCUUCAUCCCCAUUGAAUUUCUUGGGAUGCCCUCGACUGAAGAAGUUGAUUGUCCUUGUACAUCUUUGGAGACCGUCUGCGUCGGCUCAUUUAUUUGGGAAACAAACAGAAGCGCGUUUGCGCAAGUUCCCAGGCAGGGAAUACAGAGUUGCGAAGAACCAUCCGACGCCCAAUUCAAUGAGUCUGCCGUAGUCGCCAAUUUGGAUAUCAAACCACGCUCGCCAAUGUCGUGCAAGCUGAAUGCUGACAACUUUGAACUUGAAUUAAGCAAGUUUUUACAGCGUGCUCAUGUCACCGAAAAGUUCAAGUUAACAUAUGAAAAGAGCUCCAAAUUGGUGUCGUUAAUUGAUCUGAUGCAUAAAGAUUUCGAAGACUUGGUUAACCAGCAAGGAGUGGUUACCCUUACGAAAAUCGUUUUCGAUACUACGAAAAGCAAAAAGUUUGCCUCUCUCGAAAAGAAGAAGAAACGGUCAUUGGCUUCUUGCCAAUCUGUUCCAAGAGGGUUGGCUUUGGCCGAGAAGUUCAACGAGAUCCAAAGACUGGGUCUCAACAACAAAACGAAGAAUAAUCGUUUCACAAAUUAUCAAAGAAGGGACAGAAACUCUGGUAAGAAACUGGAGAUAGAGUUUCUCGAGAAAAACGGACUAUCCAGGUUCGCUUCUUAUUCUGAAAUAGAAAGACAGUGUAUGAUGACGCUGACUAUUUUUGAUUCAGACGGGUCAAUCAAGUAUUUGUCUCCUAAGUUUAGCAAGAAGGCUGUUUUCUUUUAUGAAGGAGAGGAUGAAAUUUAUUUUGUAAAAAACCUGAAAGGAUUUUGUAGGAUAGAAUAAAUUUAUUUUGCAUCAAUCUGGUGAUAAAAGUAUAUAUCUUUAUAUUAGAAUUAGUAUUCGCUCUUUUGAGUGAGAUCAUUUAAUAGAUGUUUUGGGACAAAGUGAGAGUCUCCUCUCAGUUUUUCAAACAAGUAGUUGUCGACAAAACAUCAAUUAGAAUUAGUAUUAAUUAUUAAUAGUAUCUUGUUCAGUUAGUUAAAACUGUAACUUUGAAAAAUAUUUGCAAAUCUUUUAGUAAAAUUGAUAUGUCCUCAAUGUAUAGUUUACAACCAAUGACCAUGGAAAAAUAUUCCCAAAUUCAAGAAUUGAAACAUUUGAUUAUACUGAGAUCAUCUUUUUAUUAGGCAGUCUUAAUGAUUUAAAUUAACAAUUCAAACCACAUUAGCACAAUGGCACAUAAGCGGGAACUGUCAGUCUAUGACUUUACGGAGGAUCCGGAUAUGGAUGGAAACUUUAUCAAGCGGUUGAGGCAAGACUCUGGAUAUCAGUCAACUUCAGACAGCUCACCUCGGGCUUCAGACGAAGAAAGAGAAUUUGAUGAUCAACUGAGUCCUCUGGGAUAUCAUUUCGAGGAAAAUGUCUUGAUUUGCUUUGACCCAGGGUCCAAACCCGGUUCUACCUAUCUGCAGGCUCCACCAAUGAAACAAACUAUCUUUCCUGACACGACCAACGCUCUACUGGGCAACACUUUUGGGCAAAGAUCAGAUGCCAACGAUGUAGUCAUAAAGGAAUCACAGAAUAUUGGAUAUGAUUAUUCAUUGCCUUCUUCUUUUGACAGCAUGGAUGUAAGUUUAUAUGAUCCAACUGAUGCUGAUGCUUUCUUCAAUCUUUCUGAUGCAAGUAUGUAUGAACUGUCAAAAAUGGACGAUGAAACCGUAUCUGCUGUAGCUCCGUCCGAAGCUCGGUUGGUUAAUCCCUUAGAGCAAGGGUCAGAUGUCCCUGUUGAUGACGUGGAGAAUUUUCAGAAUUUCGGGCCUCACUCAUCAACAUCUUCAACUGAAAACACGGAUGAAAUUUUCUGUGCUACAACCAGUGCUGAUGCUUUCUUGAGUCCAUACGAUUCAAGAAAGUCUGAACUGCCAGAUAUGGAUUGUCAUUCCAUCUUAUCUGCAGGAACCACCAAUCUAAAGGAAACACUUCAAGAACUACUUAGUUGUAUCAAUGAGAAAGAGGACAAAGAUAUAGACACGAGAAGUUCACAAACGUUUGAUGAAUAUAUCCCAAUUCACAAGGACAAUACACAGGAAAAUGGAGGUGAAGAGUGCGAUGCGGUAAAUACCAAUUCCACAGGAGCUACCAAUUCAGUUUUUUCCAAUUAUGGCAGUAUUCAUGAUCCUGUGAUGGAUAAUUCAAAGGGUUUAUUCGGUCAUUUUAAAGUGGAACGUGAACAGAUGCCUGUGGCUUCCAGAGUCCUAUCUUCAAAGUCGGACAUAAUGAUGACUGAUCCCAAGUAUGGAGAUGCUUCCUUUACUCAACGUGAAAUGGAAGUAAAGCCAAUGACUGCUGGAACUACCAAUUUGGAUCAUCAUGAGAUUUCGACUGCUUGCUCUUUGGAUUCCAAAAACAUGGAAACUGAGCUCAGCAAGUUUCUUCUGGGCACAAAUGUCCAUCAAAAGUUCAAGCUAAUGUACGAUGAGAGCAUACGUAAAACAGUGUCUCUUAAAGACUUGAACUAUAAAGACAUGGCACAGUUAGUCUCCCGUCACAAAUCUAUUAGCAUCCAAAAACUUCCCCUGAAAAUCGAACUGAAGGAACGAUUUGCAUCAAUUAAAAAGGAGAAGAAAACGUCUCUUCUGUUGUGCAAAUCAGUCACACAUGGACUUGCGCUCUCUGAAAAAUGGGAUGAGAUCCAACAGACCCCUGGGAUUGACAAGAAAAAGAAGAACAACAGAUUCUCUAACUUUCAGAGAAGUGAUAGAAAUGCAGGAUCCAACUUGGAGAAUGAAUUUCUCGUAAAGUAUGAGCUUGACAAAUUUAGUAUGUACACAGACAUGGAAAGAAAGUGUUCCUUAUCCUUGGCUGUAUUUGAUUCAGACGGCGAUCUUACGUAUCUGUCACCCAAAUACUGUGAAAAAAUUGUUAAUUUCUAUGAGGAAGAUGACAAGAUUUUUCUUAUUAAGAACUUCAGCGGUUUUUGUAGAAUUGCUUGAAAAUUACUGAUUGGAAUUUUUGUUGUAGCUUUAGCAGUUCCAGUGAGUUAUUCUGUAUGAUGUGAAUAUUUUCUUUUUUAAAAGAUAAGAGAUGUUAUUUUGUGCAGAAGUUUCUUUAACGAUAUGGUCUAUAGAGUCGUGUUUACGACGUUUUCUGUUUGAUCACCAUUUAAAACGUUCCUUGAUCGUAAGCAUAAUUAUUAGAAUUUUUCUUAUGUAUUUUUAGCAUGUGCUUGACUAACAGAUGGUUUUCAAAGUGAUGAAUUACAUUAGUAGAAUUGUUUGUAAUCAGAUUCUUCGAAAUUGACAAAUCUGUUAGUGGUUCUUUUCAUAAAAAUCACGUCAUAAAAACUAAUAAAUUAAAUUUACCAUUAUUGAAAAUCAAUUUAGAUUCUUUGCUUAAUUGCUACCCCAAUUGAUCAAAUUGUUUGUC